AUGCCCGGACUGAUCAAAACUAAGGUGGUCUGGAACUAUGCCGUUCAACCUGAUGGUUCUCACCCACUGUUUGACGGUGUGAUACAGAAGCAAAAUGUCAAGCGGUGCGGAUUGCCCGCAGAUGUCGCCCAUGCAUUCUGUUUCGUCGCCAGCCCAGAAGCUUCUUUUAUCACGGGACAAAUUUUCGAUGUUGGUGGCGGCGAGACCUUCCAUUAG